AUGUCCACCGUUCGUACUCUACUUGUAGUUGUUGCUGCUCAUCAUUGGCUCUUAUACCAGAUGGAUUUCAAAAUGCUUUUCUCCAUGGCUCUUUAUCUGAGACAGUAUAUAUGCAACUGCCUCCAGGGUCCAAUAUUCCUCCUGGACACGUAUGUCUCCUUCGUCGUGUUGUUUAUGGUCUCAAGUGGGCACCCCGUGCUUGGUUUGAGUGUUUUCGCGAUGUUGUGCUCAAGGCAGGCUUUAUGGAGAGUUAUCAAGAUGCUUCUCUAUUUGUUCGCACUACAUCGUGUGGUGAUGAUGCUGGGUCUAAUCAUCGUAACCAUUCAAGCACGCACUCCAUCACUUCGACCAAUAUCCACCACUCAAACCCCAUCAAAAUCACAAGAAGCAAUGUUACACAUUGGACUUUAUGCCAUGGCCUUUGGAGUUGGAGGAAUUAUAGCAAAUUUACCGGCUCAUGGAGCUGACCAGUUCGACUCAUCGAAGAAGAACCUCAUUUCUAGCUACUUCAACUGGUUCUUCUUUUGCCUCUGCAGUGGAGGGAUGUUGGGUGUUACUUUCUUGGUUUGGAUUCAGGAGAACAAAGGAUGGGUUUGGGGCUUAGCUUUCUCUACCGGUGCUUUGGCUAUUUCUUUAGUCGUUUUUGCUUCAGGGUUUACUUACUACAGGCAUAAAGUUCCCAGUGGGAGUCCUCUAACAAGUAUUUUUAAGGUUCUUGUGUACAGUGCUCGUAACUGGAAUGUUAAGGUGCAAGCUACAAAUACAGAAGGGCCUGCCAGAAAAUAUCAUUCUAAAUUCAGAUUCCUGGAGAAGGCGACCACUGAUGACCAUGUCACCCCUGCACAAGUCGACGAGGCGAAAUCCUUCUUCUCCCUCCUCCCAAUCUUCGCAAGCACAAUCCUCAUGAGCUGCUGCCUCGCUCAACUCCAGACCUUUUCAGUCCAACAAGGCAAAGCCAUGAACACCAAGCUCGCCAAGGGCUUCCACAUCCCUCCAGCAUCUCUAACCUCAAUCCCUCUCAUGGUCAUGCUCCUCUCCGUCCCCCUCUACGACUUGCUUUCCUCUCUAACCACAAAAAAACUCACUAAAAUAAACUUCGUCCUAAAACCACUAAAGAGGAUAGGCAUCGGUCUAAUCCUGGCAUCAGCAUCGAUGACUGUCGCUUCACUCGUUGAAAUCAAACGAAGAAAUGCAUCUGUGAACGGUACGCAAUUAAGCGUGUUCUGGCUCGGAUGGCAAUAUUUGCUUCUUGGUGUCUCUGACAUGUUUACUUUGGCUGGCAUGCUCGAGUUCUUCUACUCUGAGGCGCCAGACACUAUGAGGAGCAUGUGCACGUCGCUGUCUUGGUGCUCGACGUCCAUGGGGUAUUUCUUGAGCUCGGUGCUCGUGGAGAUUGUUGAGGAUCUGAGUUCAAGGUUCGGUUCUGAAGAGUGGCUUGGCGGGAAGAGUUUGAAUGAUGGUCGGUUGGAGCUGUUUUAUGGUUUGCUUGCGGUGCUGAACUUCGUCAACUUCUUGAACUAUGUAUUUUGGGCUAAGUGGUAUGAGGGUUAG